GGCUCCCGGCCCACCUCCGCUCAGCCCCGCCCAGCGCAGACCAGCGAGCCCGGUGCGAUGGAGGGCCGAGUGCAGCUGAUUAAGGCCCUCCUGGCCUUACCCCUCAGGCACCGGAGGCGUCGGUGGAGGAACCCGAUUCCCUUCCCCGAGACGUUCGACGGCGACACCGACCGGCUCCCGGAGUUUAUCGUGCAGACGGGCGCCUACAUGUUGGUGGACGACACCCUGUUCUCCAGCGAUGCCCUGAAGGUGACGUUCCUCAUCACCCGCCUCACGGGGCCUGCCCUGCAGUGGGUGAUCCCCUACAUCAGGAAGGAGAGCCCCCUGCUCAAUGAUUACCGGGGCUUCCUGGCCGAGAUGAAGCGGGUCUUUGGAUGGGUGGAGGACGAGGACUUCUAGGCCAGGAGACCCUCGGGCCUGGGGACAGGUGCUCUCGGGGGAGGGUCCCCGCGCCGGUGGCUGCCGCCCAGACCGCCACAGGCGUCCUCCCACCGCGCCUCCCCGUGCCCGUGUUCCGUGGCGGUGAUCUCCCCCGCGCUCCCGUUCCCUCCCGCGUAGUGCUUGCCUUUGUUCCAGGAAUAGCGCCCCAGGUUCCUGCUCUGCUGCAGCUGGGCCUGGCUCCGGAGCGCGCCGCCGCCCUCUCCCGCCAGCCGGGCCCCUCCCGCGCGGACUUGGACUCUGUCCUGGGCUCCAGCUGCGAGCUGGGCUCCCGUUACACACUGGAUAAACCUCCUCAGCCUGUUGGCUGCCAAUGUCUCCCUGCCAGGCUAGCAGGCCUGCUUUGAUAUGCCUGGAUACCAGCGCUGUGGCUGUCAUCACCAUCCAUGGCCUCCCACUGACAGACUGCAGCCUCCAGCGAUCUCAUCUCACCCAGGAGGUAUCUGAGCUGGCCACAGCCCCUGGACAAUGACUCCAGCAGUUCAUCAUGCUCCUAAAGGGUCUGGCCAGCCUUUCACCUUCAUCUGGAGCCAUUCCCUCCCUACUCCCAUAGCUCCUGCUCCUUCCAGAAAGCUGCCAGAUCUCAAGGGUGCCUGGCAGCCAAGUUGAGUCACUUAUUUUCUCCUGUGGAACUAUUAGUUUUGCCCAGAAUACAGUUCUCUUCUGAAUUUGUAGUAUUUCCUUAAUUAUGUGCUUGUUGGUCUACCAAAUAACUUAGAUUCUACCAUAUUCCUCAACACUAUCUGGACAAAAGUUUUUUGUUUUGUUUUUUUUUUCAAUAAAUGUGAAACACUAUUAAAACAUA